AUGUCCACCUCGUCAUCGCUCCCGCUUGCAGGUGUCCGGGUCGUUGAGCUGGCCGGUCUAGCUCCAGGCCCGUUUGCAGGACUCCUUCUCGCAGACUACGGCGCAACGGUGCUGCGCAUCGAUCGCCCCAACGCCAUCUCAGCAGAUCAAUUGACUCGCCGCAAAACCUCCAUCACCCUGGAUCUCCGAGACCCCGCCUCGCACCGAGUCCUCCUCUCCAUCCUUUCCAAAGCCGAUGUCCUAAUCGACCCCUACCGCCCGGGCGUGCUAGAACGCCUCGGCCUUUCUCCCUCCAGGGUUCUCCUCAAACACAACCCGCGCCUGAUCGUGGCCCGCAUGACCGGCUUCCGCCGCGACGGCAAGUACAAGGACAUGGCGGGCCAUGAUAUCAACUACAUCGCGGUGUCGGGAGUCCUCUCUAUGCUCGGACGGAAGAACGAGCCGCCCUACGCCCCGGGCAACCUCCUAGGCGAUUUCGCCGGCGGAGGCGCCAUGUGUCUCCUGGGUAUCUUGCUGGCGCUCCUCGCGCGCACUCGCUCCGGACGCGGCCAGGUCGUCGAGGCAAACAUGGUCGAUGGGGCAGCGUAUCUCGCGACCAUGCCGCGUCUGACGCGGCAGACGCCGAUGUGGAGCGAGCCCCGCGGGGAAAAUAUGCUGGACGGGGGCAGCCCCUUCUACGAUACAUACGAGACCAAGGAUCGGGGCAAGUAUUUUGCCGUUGGGGCGCUGGAGCCGCAGUUCUACGCUGCGUUGAUCAAGGGGCUGGGGUUCGCGCCGGAUGAGCUGCCGGCACGGGAGGACCGGGCGAACUGGCCUGCGCUGCGCGCCGCGUUCGAGAAACGAUUCAGGGAGAAGACCCGGGCGGAGUGGGAGGCUAUCUUUGACGGGGCGGAUGCCUGUGCGACGCCUGUGCUGGAGCAAGACGAGUUGCAGCGCAGCGGUUACGAGCACAGGCCCGCGGUGCAUCUGGUUGAUACCCCGGGCCUUCCAAUUCCUGCUGACGAUGGCGGAUGGACGGGAGGGGGGCUGGUGCCCGGUACUUGCGGCCAAGAGACCCUCGCGACAUGGCUGGGGUGGCAGAAGGAACGCGAUUUUGACGUUCGCGCGGACGGGACAUUCGUGCAGACGGAUGGGAAGAAGUCAUCGAAACUAUAG